AUGUCCAACCUCAAACGCGACCUGGAGGACCCGACAGACAACCCCAGCGAGACUAAGCGGAAGAAGGCCCUCCACCCGGCCAAGCAGCGGAUUCUGGCGGCAACUACUAUGGGCGGUGCCGACGAGAGCGGGUCGGGUGCUGGUACGGGUGCAGCUAGUGCCGACGAGGAUGGCGCGCAUAUUGCUGCUGCAGUUGACGACGACGACGAUGAUGAUGAUGCUGAUGUCGAGGAUCUGUUUGGCUCUGAUGAUGAGAUGGACCUCGGUGGGGAUGAUGACGAUGAUGAAGACGACAAUGGUGGUGGCGGUCUCGAUGAUGGUCCGCCGCAGCCGCCCAACGACGGCUUUGACGGCGAGCUUUAUGGCGACGCAGCGGAUCGGGCGCAGCUGGCAGCCAUGUCUGAGCUGCAGCGUGAGGAGAUCAUUGCAGAGCGGCGUGAGCGGCGCGCCCAGCAGCAGCGAUUGUACGAGGGCCGGCUGCGCAAGUGGCAGGCGGCACAGGCGGCCAAGGCGGCGGCGGCGCGCGCGGCCGGCGACGCGGGCGCGAGCGGUGAGGGCGCAAUUGGCAGCGGCUCGCGGCUCUCGCGCAAAGAGCGAAUGGACGCGUUGGCGGCACAGAAGAGGGCCAAGGAGCGAGCUGCGCGCAAGGCGCGGCUCGACAUUGGCGGCGACGACGACGACGACGGUGACUACGAGGUCGACGACGUGUCAGACGUCGACGACGACGACGGCGACCCAGACUACGAUGAGUCUGGGUAUGCCGGGCGGCGGGCGAUGGACAUUGAGGCGGACCUUGCGUCGCGGCGCGAGGCCGAGCGCGUCGAGGCCUCGCGGUGGCUCAACGAGGGCGACUACGACCCGCGGUCCGGAGUGCGGAUGCAGACGGCGUGGGAGAAGACCUUUGAGGCGCCGGACGACCCGCGUGGGUUCCCGGCCGGGCGUGCCGACUGCGAGUCGGUCCGGCUCAAGCGUUCGCAUCUGGAAAAGUGGCUGUUUGAGCCGUUUUUUGCCGACGCUGUCGUCGGCGCCUACGUCCGGCUCAUGGUCGCCAGCUCGGGCAGCGCGCCGGGCUACAAGAUGUACGAGGUGGUGGGUGUGACCGAUGGCACCGACACCAGCGUUGCCGAAUACUCGCUCGGGCACUACACAACGCGGCGGCAGCUCCUGCUCCGCACCUCGCGCGGCGACAAGCCGCGGUCGAUGGCCUUUGUAUCCAACCAGCCCUUUACCGAGUCCGAGUUUGGCUUCUGGGCCUCGGAGCAGUCGCGGUCGAACAACCUAUUCCCGGUCGUCUUUGACAUCCGUAUGAAGCGAAACGCGCUCAACGCCGCUGCCAACUACAUCCACUCGGACGCCGAGAUUGCUGCCAUGACCAUUGCCAAGCGCAACGCCGGCAUCAACCGCCCCAUGGGCAUCGAAAAGGCCCAGCUUUUGCUGGAGGCCGACGAGGCUAAGGAGCACGGCGACAUCGCCCGCCACAACGAGCUCCAAGUCCGCAUCAAGGAGCUCGGCGAGGCCAAGCUCAAGAAGUACCAGGACCGCAAGCGGAACCAGGCCCACAUUUCCGCCAUCAACAACGCCGCCCGCGAGGCCAACUUCCAGGCCCUCAAGCUCCGCAAGCGACUCAACGAGCAGAAUGCCGCCGCAAACUCCAAGAAGCUCAACCCGUUUGCCCGCCAGGACACCGUGCCCUCGGUCAUGUGGCGCGUCUCGCAGACUGCAGAAGGCUUGUCCGACGCCCAGACCCCGGGCUCGCCCGCCGCCGCCGCUGCCGCCGCCGCCGCCGCCAGAGCUUCCUCGCCCACCUCGGCCGCCGCCGCCAAGCCCCAGCCACCGACCUCGGUCCUUGCCGACUCGAUCGCUGACCGCCACAAGGCCUUUUCGCUCGAUCUCGACCUCUCGGCCGGCCUCGACCUCGCCUCGGCGCCCGGCGCCGACUUUAAGCUGCCAACCAUCAAGCUCGCGCAGUACGCGGCGGCCGGCGCGACGCCGGUUGAGUUUCUCGCCAUUGUUGACAACCGGUUCGGCGGCGGCAACCCGACGGCCUUUGCGCUCAAGACCACGUUCCAGUUUGCGCUCCCACUCGCGGGCUAUGCCACGGCCAAGGACCGGCCCGAAGAGCAGGAGGACAAGAUCAAGCAGUUUCUCUUUGACGCCUACAACGAGUACUUGUUCAACGUUCACGAUGCCACGCCGCACUUCAAGGUGGUGUGGGAGGGCUUUGGCAUGAACGAUCUCUACGUCUCGCAGCUCAUCCCGCAGGAUGUUGCGUUUGCGGCCCUCUCGUUCACCUUUGUCCUCAUCUACAUGGGCUUUAUGACCAAGUCGUGGUUCCUCGCCUUUUCCGGCAUGUUCCAGAUCCUCUGCGCCUUCUUCCCGGCGUAUCUGGUGUACCGGCUGGUGCUCCAGCAAAAGUCGGUGACGGUCUUCUCGGCGCUCUCGCUCUUCCUUCUCCUCGCAAUUGGCGCCGACGAUAUCUUUGUCUCGAUCGACACGUGGAACGAGACCAAGGCGUACGGAAAGUACUCGCUCCUUCAUCGGCUAUCAUUCUCGUGGCGCCGCUCUGCAGAGGCCAUGCUUGUGACUUCGCUCACCACCAUGGCCUCGUUCCUCGCCAACGCCACCUCGGCCUUCCCGGCCGUCUCCACCUUUGGCCUCCUUGCCGCCACUCUCAUCCUCAUCAACUACAUUCUAGUGGUCACCUUUUUCCCGGCUGUCCUCACCACCUACGCCACCAUCAUCGAGCCGCGCUUUUCCUUUUGCUGCGGCUUCUCGGCUUGGUGCUCACGCCACUGCCCGCCUCGCUGCUGUGCCGAUCAUGACGACGUGCCGCCCGAGAAUGAGCUGUGGACAGUCAACGAGUUCGACUCGGAGCAGCAAGAGGGGCUGUGGACUAGCACGCUCUCUGCCUCGUGCGACGAGCAGCAGGAGACCUCGUCGGCUCCCUCGAGCUCAUCAUCGGAUUCCUCGACGGCACUCUCGGCCCGCAUUUUCCGAGUCGAGCACGGCGAGGUGGCCGAGCACGACGGCGACGGCGACGAGGAUGAGCACCACAACUCUGUCAUUGUCGAGUGCUUUGAGGGACCGUUUGCAUCCGGGAUCUACAAGCUCCGCUUCACCAUCAUCCUGGGCUUUAUUGCUCUCUUCAUCUUUUCGGCCAUCAUGGCUUCGCGCCUCGGUGCCGACCCGGAUCCGCCGCAGUUCCUCCCGAAGGGCAACCCGUACCAGGACUUUGUGCCCGAGCUUGUCGCACGCUUUGCGCGUGGCCCGUCGGUGUACUCAGUUCGGCAGCGGAUGGUCCAUGGCUUCCACCCACCGGCGCCAAUUGAUCGAAAGGGCACCGAGUCGACCGACCCACAGGACUACGGCAACCCGCGAUGGAGCCCGCAGUUCAAUCUUCCGGUUGCUUUUGAGUGCAUCGCCCACAUUCUGGAGAGCAGCGAACCGCGCGACGACGCACUGACCACCGGCGGCCCGCCGGCGUUCACCGUCGACUCGUUUGUGCUCCCGCUCAAGAACUGGAUCUUGUCGACAUACGGCGCGUCGGAGUACGCUGCUGCCACCGGCGCCGGCGCCAACGACACCCUCUUCCGCGACCUUGCCGUCGAGUUCCUCACUCUGGACGACAACCUCAACACGUACUCCAAGUACAUCUACGCCACGAUUUCGGGCCCGGCCCCCGAGGUCAGGUUUGUCUACUCUGAGCUCCGGCUGACAACCUCGCAGUACACCGACUUUGAAGAGGGCAUCAAGCUCUGGGACCGGUGGGAGGCGCACUUUAACGCGCUGCAGUCGACGGCGCCGGCGUGCGCGGGCGUAUCGACCGAGUCGGCCGGCUUCCAGUACUCACAGGCCGCCGUCUUCUGGUUCAUCCAGGACAAGCUUGUCGCCGAGGCCUUUACCGGCAUCGCGCUCUCGCUCACCUUUGCGCUCAUUGUCCUCGUUGUCGCUACCAAGAACUUGUAUGUUGGCCUCCUCGCCACCUUUGUCGUCUUCUGCAUCGUCAUCACCACCCUCGCCUUUAUGGUGCUCCUCGGCUGGAAGCUCGGCGUGCUCGAGGCCAUUCUCCUAGUCCUCAUCCCGGGUAUGGCCAUCGACUUUGUGGCCCACCUCGCGCAGGGCUACAUGAACGCCCCGCACUCAUCGCGGCGCAAGCGGGUCCGGGCCAUGCUCGGUGAGGUCGGCAUCUCGGUUCUCUCCGGCGCCAUCUCCACCAUCGGCGCCUCGGCCGCGCUCCUCUUCACCACCAUCACGUUUUUCUUCUCCUUUGGCCUCACCAUCAUGUUUGUCAUCGGCGCCUCGCUCUUCUGGUCGCUCGUCUUCUUCCCGGCCAUUCUCUUUGUCAUCGGCCCGCAGGCCAACACCGGCAUGUGGACUAUCUGGCUCGCCGCCUGCUGGUCCAAGGUCAAGGCUGCCCGCAAUGGCUCGGCCUCGCAGCGUUCGGGCCACUACCGACUCGGUCGUAAGAUCGGAGCCGGCUCGUUCGGGGACAUCUACUCGGGCGUGGACUCGACGAAUGGAGAGGAGAUUGCCAUCAAGCUCGAAUCGACAAAGUCGCGCCAUGCACAGCUGCUGUACGAGUCCAAGUUGUAUCGCAUCUUGGCAGGAGGGACGGGCAUUCCGUUUGUGAGGUGGUUCGGUGUCGAGGGGGACUACAACGUGAUGGUCAUGGACUUGUUGGGCCCGUCUCUGGAGGACGUGUUCACCUUUUGCAAGCGAAGCUUCUCCCUCAAGACCAUCCUCAUGAUCGCGGAUCAGAUGCUCCUCCGUGUCGAGUACCUCCAUUGCAAGAACUUUAUUCACCGCGACCUCAAGCCCGACAACUUUCUCCUCGGCCUCGGCAAGAAGGGCAACCAGGUGUUCCUCAUCGACUUUGGCCUCGCCAAAAAGUACCGCGAUCCACGGACACACUUUCACAUUCCCUACCGCGAGAACAAGACUCUGACCGGCACCGCCCGCUACGCCUCGAUCAACACUCACCUCGGCAUCGAGCAGUCGCGCCGCGAUGAUCUGGAGGCCAUCGGCUACAUUCUCAUGUAUUUUAACCGCGGCGCCCUGCCCUGGCAGGGCCUCCGCGCAGACACCAAGAAGCACAAGUAUGAGCGCAUUUCCGAGAAGAAGAUGACUACUCCCGUCGAGCUCCUCUGCAAGGGCCACCCACCGGAGUUUGCCAUUUUCCUCAACUACACCCGCUCGCUCCGCUUUGACGACCGCCCCGACUACGGCUACCUGCGCAAGCUCUUCCGCGACCUGUUUCUCGCCCAGGGCUACCGCUACGACUACGUCUACGACUGGACAACACAGCGCAAGGCUACCUCGCCAUCGGGCGCUUCGUCCUCGACCGCCUCGCCCGCCGCUGCCUCGCCAGGCAAGUCGGCAAAGGCUGGCAAGUCCAAGCCCGACGCGCCCGACGCCGCCUCUGCCUCACCCGCCCCGCCGCCCUCCUCCGCCCUCAAGUCACCACCCUCAAAGUCCGCCGCCACACGCCUCCGCACCGGCUCGCCCGCCGCCGUCUCCUCCACCAACGCCAUUGCCUCGUCCUCUUUUGCCAGCGGCACCAAACAGUAGCUGCUGCCAUCCCCCCCACCACCCCCCACCACCCUCGAUCAAACCAUCCCCUCCCGCCC